UGUCAUGGAUACAGUUUGACCGAUGGACUGACUCAUGCAGUACAUGUACACCUAAUUGUCUUGUGCAUGAGCAGUCUUGAUCACUUCACAACACACACACACACACAAACACGGGCAUAUGCUCUUCAUUCAAGCGUGCAAUGAACACAGUUGACGUCACAUGACGGGACGGCACAUCGCCUGUCUGCCCGUCUCUCUCUCUCUCUCUCUCUCUCUUUCCUGCUUAAAAACGACGAUCGGCACUAUCUGUCUGUUUUGCUAGGCGUUCACGUCUCAUCCUCCUGCCGCCACACCAUGCCCCCCAGGUGGUCCCCCAGCACUCUCAUCACAACGGUGCGCGUGUGGUCGUGGGGGGCCGACUCGGUCGUGAAGAUCUCCACACGUCGUCCAUUCGUCCGUGUCAGCCGAAUGACUGCCAUGUGCCCCUCGCCCAUUGCCUCACUGCCCAGCACCACCAGCCGGCGAUGCCAUCCGUCCUCCCACUUUUGGUCGAAUACGGCCGCCCCCCACUGUGCCGCAUCGCUGUGAGAGGCCGUCAGCCGAUCACCCGCACGGAAGUACGCGGCAGAGGCACGACAGUAAGACGACCAGUGUCUGAUGCGAUUGAUGUGGUUCCCUUCAUCAAGCCGGUCGAACACAAUGAAGGCCACCAUGGACGUGUAGUUGGGGUACGUCCCGCCGUCCAGCUGUGUGUGUGGGUCGGCGGGGUCGAAUGGUGCAUGAGGGAAGAGGGGGCUGGCAGAGUCGAGGAGGGAGGGGAGCUGAUAGCCGGGCCACUGGUUUAGAAUCGAGUCGCCGUCCAUCAGGGGUCUCUGUUGGCCUCCCUGAUUGACAGUGGCCCCCCAGCUGAGUAUCUUCCACUGGCGGACCGCCUCCGUCUCACUCAUGAAGGCCGCCCGGCUGCCGAAGACGCCGAAGUUGUCAUCCCUCAGCACCAGUGGCCUCUUGCCUCUCAGCAGAUACAGCAUCUCCACCACAGGUUUCCAUCUGGCCCAGCUGCCGCCCCUCUCGAGCAUGAACAGCCGGCGGCUGAGCUGUUCGAUGAGGGCCCUGGUCAGGGCCACCGUGACGGCCACACCCUGAGUGAGCUGUGGGACGGGCACCUCCACCAACACACCGAGGCCGAGUGACGCCGCCACAAUAGGCAGCAGACGGAUCAGGAUGGGCAGCAGGACGGUGUGUGAGAGGGCGGUAUGGCGGCUCUUGUCGAUGCGGCGGAAGGCACACAAGUCGGCAUAGCUGCUGAGGCACUGGGCGAUGGCCGCCGUCACUUCAGCAGGGAGGGCAGCGAAGGGAACGCCCUCUCGCUGAUUGCCGCCUGUGACCAUUACACACACAGACACUUGUACAUACAGACCAUCACACAUUAUAUACGUCUGCAUGAUUGUGUCUUUCCGCAGUGAACAUGUUGGGUUACCAUUGGCAGCAGACGCAGCCGAUGAUGUGCUACAAGUGCCAGCCCUAUUACGAGCAGCAACCGGCAUCUGGCAACGCUCACAGAGUGGCACAGACAGGCAUCAGUUGUGCAUGCGGUGCUUCUUUUCUCGCUGGCCUCACCGUGAACAGGCCUGUCAGCCAUCGCCAGGCACUGAACAUGCCGGCGAAGCAUCCUGGGGAUUGACCGUUCAUCUCGCUGCCACACACGAGAGAGAGAGCAGCAGACCUUGUGAGUGACAGAU